AUGCUUCGACACUGCGUACUCAUUGCACUUGGUGCUCUUUUCUGUAAUGCUGCCUCGGAUAUUGCUGGUCCGUUGACAGACGACUUCCAGGCAUGGCUGGUGACAAACGGCUACUCAUCCUAUGACUUCGUUCGUGCUGACUAUGGAACUCAGGGAAGUUACGGAGGAAAAACUGAGAAUGCACCGAAAGUAGUCAACACGCCAGUCGUCUUCAUCCAUGGUAACUCAGAUGCAGCUCUCCGUAGAAGCUCCGCAGCUACCGGUUGGUCGAACUCUGUCCAAUACUUCCUGGAGCACGGAUACACUGUUGCUGAGUUGUAUGCCACUUCCUGGCAAGAUACAAACGCUUUGAAUGCAGCUAAGAGAACUCACGAUUGUACAGAUCUUAUCAGACUUCGGAAGUUCCUUGAAGCAGUUCUCGCUUACACAGGAGCACCGAAAAUCUCAGUUGUCAGUCACAGUAUGGGAGUGACUCUUGCAAGAAAGAUUAUCAAGGGAGGAUCGGUUAGUGCUCCGGAUGGAUCGUGUGAUUUGGGACUUCCAUUGAAUAAGAAGGUGGAAGUGAUGAUCGGAAUCGCCGGUGCAAACUAUGGAUUGUGUAAUUGUGAGGGAGGAAGUGCCACGUUGGAGAAGACUUGCAAUCGGAACAACGGACUGUGGCCUGGAGAUUCGUGUGGAUUGAACUAUUUGGAUUGUGGACUCACACCACUUCCAUGGCCAUGCAGUGGAGUCAACUACUCAGCGUUCUUGAUGCAACUCAACUCGGAUAAGAACAAGGAGGGAGACUAUGUUUUCAGCAUGUGGAGUCUUUCCGACGACUUGAUUGAAUACGGAAACAUGGUGUGGGGACGAUCCACAUCGUUCAUUCCAACCUCCGACGGAAAAGUGAUCUACCACGUGUACACGCACAUGGAGACCAAAGAGCUCACUUAUGUCGAUCAAUACCAGAUGGUCAAAUACAAAACAAUCCCAUCGCCAACUGCUUAA